CGUGGACCCUAGUCCGGGGGACUGAAUAACGGCCACGCGACGGUGGAUGAUUCCAGGUGCGCUUCGCGUCGACAAUGUCAACGACUUCGAGCUCGAGCAUCCUCGACCCCUUCCCAACUUUCUACAACCCCUUCAAAACAGCUCUUGACAACCCACUAAAAGAGCUUAAUCAAACAUGGCAUUGCGAGUACCCAAGGCCGGCGGGCCCGACCUCUUCCGGAGCGGCUUCAAGCACAUGUCGGGUCUCGAGGAGGCCGUCCUGCGCAACAUUGCGGCUGUGGGCGAGCUGUCCGAGAUUGUGCGGACGUCGUUCGGUCCUAAUGGCCGCAACAAGCUCAUCAUCAACCACCUUGGCCGCCUCUUCGUGACCUCGGACGCGGCGACGAUUAUCCGCGAGAUCGAGGUGCAGCACCCCGCGGCCAAGCUGCUCGUCAUGGCGUCGACGGCGCAGGAGGCCGAGAUGGGCGACGCGAGCAACCUCGUCCUCAUCUUUGCUGGCGAGCUGCUCAAGCGUUCCGAGCACCUCUUGACAAUGGGCCUGCAUCCUUCCGAGGUGAUCCAGGGAUACGAGAUGGCGCUGGUGAAGGGACAGGAGGAGUUGCCUAAACUCGUCUCCGACACCAUGCCCAACACCCCCCUGCCCACCAAGGACGAGCUGGCCAAGGCGAUCGCCCCCUCCAUCGCGUCCAAGCAGCCCGGCUACGAGGAGUUCCUGGGCGGAUUAGUCGCCGACGCGGCGCUCAACGUCAUGCCCAAGAACCCCAAGGACUUCAACGUCGACUCUGUGCGCGUGGUCAAGAUCCUCGGUGGCGGCAUUGAUGCGUCGCGCGUCGUCCGCGGCAUGGUCUUCCCCCGCGAGCCCGAGGGCAACGUCAAGUCGGCCAAGAAGGCCAAGGUCGCCGUGUACACCUCUGGCCUGGACAUUUCGCAGACCGAGACCAAGGGCACCGUGCUUAUCAAGAAGGCCGACGAGCUGCUCGACUUUACGCGCGGCGAGGAGAAGCAGCUCGAGGGCUACUUCAAGGAGAUUGCCGACGCGGGCGUCAAGCUCAUCAUCGCCGGCAGCGGUAUCGGCGACCUCGCGCUCCACUACUGCAACCGCUUUGGCAUCGCCGUCGUCAAGGUGCUGUCCAAGUUUGACCUGCGCCGUCUGUGCCGCGUGUUUGGCGCUACGCCGCUUGCGCGCCUUGGCGCCCCCACGCCCGAGGAGGCGGGCUUCAUCGACGUGUUUGAGACGAUUGAGAUUGGUGGCGACCGUGUCACCGUCUUCAGGCAGGAGGAGGGCGAGCGCACGCGCACGGCCACGAUUGUGCUGCGCGGCGCGACGACCAACCACCUCGACGACCUGGAGCGCUCGAUCGACGAUGGUGUCAACAAUGUCCGUAUCCUGCUGCGCGAUGGCCGGCUUGUUCCCGGCGCUGGCGCGUCCGAGAUCGAGCUCGCCGCCCGCGUGGCCGAGUACGGUGCCGUCACGCCCGGCCUGGCGCAGCACGCUAUCCGCCGCUGGGCCGAGGCGCUCGAGGUCGUCCCCCGCACGCUGGCCGAGAACGCUGGUCUCCCCGCCGAGGACGUUGUUUCGGCCCUGUACGCUGCCCACAAGAACGGCGAGGUCGACGCCGGCGUCGACAUUGACGCCGAGAACCCCCCCGCUGUGCGCCGCACGACGCUGCACGCCAAGCCCAUCCUCGACGCUUUCGCUGCCAAGGACUGGGCCAUCCGCCUCGCGACCGAGGCUGCCAUCUCCGUCCUGCGCGUCGACUCGAUCAUUGUCGCCAAGCAGGCUGGUAUCGCGCCCCCCAAGCAGCAGGGCCACUGGGACGAGGACUAGGAGCAUCGUAGAGAGCAUUAUAUAGCAUGCAUCGACUGUACACAG